AUGCCAAAAUUUGACACCAAUGGGUCGGUGUUAGAACCAACAGAGGAAAGAACAUUAAAUCAGAAUCGAGAGGUGGCCUGCAGGUCGAGGUUGCUCACGAACACAGACUUUCACCCUGCUUUCUCCAGUCAGAAGUUUCUUUUGAUUUUGCUACGCUUAAGGGCGGUGGCAUGGGCGCUUAGGGUUGUGGAUGUCAGCAAGGCCACGUUCAGUUCCAGCGCAAAGAUCAUGAAGCCCAACGGCGAGAAGCUGGACAAGUAUGAGUUGGGCAUCUCCCAGGCCCUCCUGCAGCUGGAGAUGAACCCAGACCUCAAGGCCCAGCUGCGGGAGCUGAACUUCACGGCCGCCAAGGAAAUUGCAUUUGGUGGCGGUCGGAGAGCUAUCAUAAUCUUUGUUCCCGUUCCGCAACUGAGAUCUUUCCAUAAACUCCAGGUCCAGCUAGUGCGUGAGUUGGAGAAGAAGUUCAGCAGGAAGCACGUUGUCUUUGUCGCUCAGAGGAGAAUUCUGCCUAAGCCAACUCGAAAAAGCCAUACAAACAAUAAGCAAAAGCGUCCCAGGAGCCGCAUUCUGACUGCCGUGCACGACGCCAUCCUGGAGGACUUGGUUUUCCCUAGUGAGAUUGUGGGCAAGAGAGCGGAUGGCAGCCGACUCAUAAAGGUUCAUUUGGAUAAAGCACAGCAGAACGAUGUGGAACACGAGGUUGAAACAUUUUCUGGUGUCUGUAAGAAGCUCACCGGCAAGGACGUUAAUUUUGAAUUCCUAGAGUUUCAGUUGUAAACAAAAAUGACUAAAUAAAAUAUUAUUCACAAUAAAAAAAAAAAA